ACAGCAGGUUUGACAGGGUUAAUAUCAGUCACAACACCACAGAUACGGAGGUAAACAUUAACCAGGCCGGUGUGUUUACGCGCACACGCACGUUUUUACUUUACAGAGGAACAUGGCGACGACUACUUCAGUGUGGUGUAAAGGACAAAUGUUCUACAGGUACUCUGUGAACCUGCACCAAACCACCAGGAGGUUUUCAGAGAGCGGCGACAAAGGCUGGUUCCGUUCCUUAUUUGUGCACAAAGUCGAUGCCAGGAAAGAUGCCCACUCCAACCUGCUGUCAAAGAAAGAGACCAGCAACCUGUAUAAAAUUCAAUUUCACAACGUCAAACCAGAGUGCCUGGAAGCAUACAACAAUCUAGAGGCUGAGGUGCAGAACAGGCUCCAUCGGGACGAGGACUACCCGUGUGAGGUGGUUGGAAGCUGGAAUACCUGGUACGGAGAACAGGACCAAGCUGUGCAUCUAUGGCGAUACAGAGGAGGCUACCCAGCUUUGACUGAAUGCCUGACGAAGCUGAACAAUAACAAGGAGUAUUUAGAGUUUCGUAAAGAGAGGGCGAAAAUGUUGGUUUCAAGGCGAAAUCAGCUUCUUCUGGAAUUCAGUUUCUGGAAUGAACCCACGCCCAGACCAGGACCCAACAUCUAUGAAAUGCGCACCUAUCACCUCAAGCCAGGAACUAUGAUUGAAUGGGGAAACCACUGGGCGAGGGCAAUCAAAUACAGACAGGAAAACAACGAAGCAGUGGGCGGGUUCUUCUCACAGAUCGGUGACCUAUAUGUUGUUCAUCAUUUGUGGGCUUAUGCAAGCCUCCAGUCGCGGGACGAGACCAGGAACUCUGCCUGGCUGAAGGAAGGAUGGGAUGCAAAUGUAUAUUAUACAGUGCCUCUGAUCAGAAGCAUGGAGUCUAGAAUAAUGAUUCCCACCAACAGUUCACCUCUACAAUAAGAUUACUGACACUCUGAGCAUCGCUUUAACCAGAAGUCCUUCACCUACUACCAAAGCAACAUGUAGAUUUUUUUAUGUCAAAUGAUCUGUAAUACACUCAAGUUUAGAAACAAACACAUUUUCUGAUUCUGUAUUUCCACAGCAGGCAGCCAGUCGUGAAAAGUAGUGUUGCAAUGUUUGUGUGUAUAUAUUGUGAGAAUCAUGAAAUGGCCACGUUUUUAGAACUUUAGGUCAAAUAUGUGGAGAAAAGAAAUGACAAGCUGCCAGUGACAUGACAAAAUGAUAUGCAUUACAUUACUGCCAUGUGUGUUACACUAGAGAGUAAAAAUACAUGAUUGUGUCGAGCUUGGUGCAGUAUGUUUCCUGCUCUUUGUUUUUAUUAUGAAUCAUAGUAAUUGACAGUGUAUGUGCCCCCCCCCCCCCCCCCCCCCAGCUUUUUAUGAUUGCACUUUUAUGACUGGCAAUGAAUCACACUGAAUGAGAUCACACAGAGCUUCACAGCUGUGACUGUGGAAGGCAUGUUUGAUAAAAUAAAACUUGUCAGACUACCUCA